CCUUCUCUUCACCAAAACCCUUGUCCCUGCGAUCCCUGAAACCCUAGCCCCAACGCCGUCACAUGGCGUCCCGGGGAGGUUACGACGGCGGCUCCGCCACGGGAGGCAAGAUCCGUAGGCGCCCUCCCUCCCGCGCCGCGGCUGCGUCGCCCUACGCGCGCCCCGCUGCCGCUUCCGUUCCGGCGGCGCGCGGCGGCGAAGGAAGAAGCUGGCUCACCCGUCUCAUCGCCAGCGGCGCCUCGCGCGUCCUCUCCUCCGUGUUUCGGAAGUCUCCUCCGCAGCUUGCCGCGUCGCCGCUUCCGGAGCCGCUCGAUGCACAGCCUACGCGGCCGGAAUCAGUCGAAGCACCACCCUCGCAACCGGAGUUGCUCGAUGCGCCUCCCUCACCGCCUCCGCCGCCUCUAGAGGAUGACAUUCCGGAAGGAAAAGAAUAUUGUGGAGAGACUGCUAAUAAUCUCUCUACUGUUAAUCUUGAAAAUUUCGUCAAUGUUGGAGAUGACAUACCAAGUUCUGAUUGCCAUGGUGGUAUGGAUCUUGAAGAAUUAUUGAAGCAGAGGACCUUUACAAGGAGUGAGUUUGAAUAUCUGGCUGAGUUGUUGCGAUCUAGAACUGUUGGAUACAAUACAUUGCAGGAAGAAGCUAGUAAUAUCAAGCAAAUGCGUUUAAAGGAGAAGGAAAAUGGAUCUAGAGACUUGCCUUUUGCUGAUCAAGUUGCUUCACCUGCAGAACUUGCAAAGGCAUAUAUGGGUUCAAGAUGUUCAGAGGGGUUGCCAUUACGUCUUAGAUUGCAUGACCCCUCCACUCUGCCUAAGAAAUCAAUAGAUGCCAUCACAACACAAAAAGCUAAAUCUCCGAAGGCCCUACCUCUUCCAAGUUCAAGAUCAUAUGCUUCCACGCCCUUUCCUCGUCUUGGAAGCAACUAUAUGACUCCUAAUAAAUCAGCAAUACACAAAAUGUCAUCGUCUCCAUAUUUUAAGGGUCCUAUUUCUUCCAGGGACAUGUCUAGUACUGUAUUGUCAUCUUAUCAGACUGCAAACAGUGUUCACACAUUUGGCAGGCAGGUCCUGAAGAGGAAGAGUACUGCUCUCAACAAUGAGACGGUCUCUGUUGGUCCCAUACGCAAAAUGCGGCAAAGAUACAACAGAGUAUCACCAUUGCUGGAAACACGGCCUGGUUAUCGUGGAUUUCUUGGUAGUCAUGCAAGCAAACUCGAGGAAAAUUUUGAACACUCGUCACAAACUCAAAAGCGUCGGUGUCUGGAUAAAAUUGACGAUGUGACUCAAGGUGUCUAUGGUAACAGUUUUGGUCAGGCACCCGCUCAAUCAACUGAGAUGGCUGCGAAGAUACUGAAGCAGCUUGAUUCGCUUGUCCCAUCACAGAAGGAAGGUGCAUCAGAAAUAAUGCAAAAACAUUGGAAUACAAUGGAUGUUGAGGAUUCUGUUUCCCGGAGAAAGGAAAUAUCAGGCAGCUUUUUGGAAUCUUCUUCGUCAGGAGUCCAGGAGUAUUCUUUACUGAACAACUUCAAUGGUGCUGCCAAAUGCACACCGGCUACAAUAGAUGUGAAGAAUGUUGAUGCUACAUCAAACAUAUCUGCUGCUGUGGAAAGUAAAUCAUCCUCCGAACGAAUAACUUCACCCAAGGACUCUCGGGAGCUGGACAACUACAGUGGCACUACGAAGGUUGCACUUCAUCAAGCAAAUGAUAAAAUUGAGAAAAGUCAGCCAUCAAUCUCAGAGCAUGCUACUAAGAAUUCUGCAACAAUAAAUAAGGAGAAGCCUUCAACAUUCUCUUUGAGAAGCUAUUCUCCCUCUAAUCUUGUGUUAUCAAGUGAAAUUGACCGAAGCCAAAUGUUGGCUUCAUCGAAUGGCUUCUCGUUCCCUGCCACGACUGCAUUGGGUGCUCACUCGCAGGCCCCUCCAACGCCUACUAUGGCGUCUCCGCCUGUACUACCUGUUGGGAAGCACCAAUCUUCUGCUGUACCCGGUGUACCAGUUACUUCUGCGGAAACUGCUGCACGGAUUGCCAAACAAGUUUCAGAAGCAGGCACAAUUUCAAACAAACAUGAUAAGAAGUCAGAUGCAGAAAUUCCACCAAUUUCUUCCAAGAGUGCUGAACAUGUUGCAUCUUUCACCAGUAACCAUGUAUUUAGUGUUGUCAGUUCGAAGCCUGCAACCUUAAGCAAUGGGCUAGCACAUUCAUCGAAAUCUACUACCUCUGCUGUUCUUCCAUCUAAUGGGUCGAACAACUCAGUUUUGUUUACAAAUACUGGUGUGUCAACUUCAUUUCCACAAUUCUCGUUUCAAUCUGGUUUCCAGACUUCAUUGAAUUCAGCGCAGCAAUCUGGUGGUGUUCAGUUUAAAGCAGAGUCUAUCAUAGCAGCGCCAUUCAGCAUGCAGCGUAAUUCAACUGGAGGCAGUCCAAGUAGUUCAUCGACAUUCUCACAAAUAUUUGCUGGCACAACUUCCCAAUCUGUUGAAGCACCACCAUCAGGAAGUGGCAGUGCCCCUUCCAGUUUCUCUCCAAAGUUCGGUGGUGCAAGUUUGUUAGCUGCACAGGACAAAUCCAAGGAAGGAAGCAGCAGUACCCCAUUUAAUUUCUCUCCACAGUUUGGUAGUGUGGUUUCGGUCGCUUCUCUGGGCAAGUCCAAUGUAACCUCACCUGAAUCAGCAUUGUUUUCUGGAAACAAGUGCGCCCAAUCGGGAAAUAACAAUUUAUUGUCCACACAGAGUUCAGCAAGUAAGUUCAACUUGGUACCUCCAGAAAAAUCAAACAUGGGAAAUUUACCAAAUUUUGCAAGUUCACCAUUUGGUUCAGCACCUUUGAGCUCUAGCCCUUCCAAUUCAAGCUCCAUAUUUCCUUUCACGGCUGCUUCUGGUUCAACCUCUCUGCCGACAACUGCGCCACUGCCUUUGCCAGCUAGUAGCUCUACUUUGGGAGCCAGUAAAGCAUUCUCGGUGUCACCAAUAUUUGGCAGUAAUUUGGCUACAACUGCUCCAUCUUUGUUUGGCAUGCAGAAUACUGGUUCUGCUUUUUCGCCUUCCAGCUCAACCUCGAGUGCCGUAUUCUCAUUCACUGCGGCUACACCUACGAUACCAGAUCCAUCACCCUCAACACCCCUAUCUGGUCAAACGAGCCCAGCUGUUGGUUUGAGUACAGGAACUGAUCAGAUGAAUGGAGGUUUAAGUACGGGCCCUUUAUCGACCGCUCCACAGUUUAACUUUCAGAGCAAUUCACCAUCGGCUCCGGUUUUCAGCACACCAGCUACUCAAUUCGCUUCCACAACACCAGCCUCACCAGGCAUUUUCCAGUUUGGUCAGCAGAGUCAACCUUCCCCAGGUGGCUUCUCAAUGGGCAUUGUCAGGGACAAUGACAAGUCUGGCAGAAGAAUUAUCAAAGCAAAGCGAAAGAAAUAGGGCACUUUGAUACUCUUUAGUUUAUCAGAAGUGCAUGGCAUGCAGUCUAUUUUGACUGGCUCGGGCGAAUUGCUCUGGCUUUUCAUGGCUCUGGGGCAGCGCGCAAGUAUAUCUUACCACAUUUUUGCACAAUAUACACAGGAGUAUAUGCUGCGCUGGCGUAAGAUGCCCCUGAUUUUUUGCCUGUCUGAAUUUUGGCACAGUAACUAUGGUGGACUCCCUGUAGACUAUCAGUGAACUGAAUUUUGUUGUACGAUUUAUACCCUGAUGUACCAUUACAAAAAACAUUUGUAUAUUGAAGUAUUGUUUUAGGUAUCUGUUCAUUUUACUCGUAUGAUUCAUAUAUUGUUUUAGGGAAUCCGUUCAUUUUA